CCUGAUGGCUUCAUGUUCGGUACGGCCACCGCGGCGUACCAGGUCGAAGGAGCGUGGAAUGCCGAUGGUAAAUCGGAGAGCAUCUGGGACCACCUAACACACAACCGCCCAGGGGCCAUGACUGACAAUUCCAACGGCGACAUAGCCGAUAACUCUUACUAUUUGUACAAGAGAGACGUGCAGAUGAUGAGGGAGUUAGGACUUGACUUCUACAGAUUCUCCGUAUCCUGGACAAGAAUCCUUCCCACCAGUUUCCCGGACAAAACCAACCAAGCUGGUGUCGAUUACUACAACAAUUUGAUAGACGAACUCCUCAAGUACAACAUCCAGCCAAUGCUGACGCUGUACCAUUGGGACUUGCCCCAGAAACUCCAGGAUUUAGGAGGAUGGACCAACCCGGAGAUUGUGACGUGGUUUGGGGACUAUGCUAGGACUAUUUUCACGUUAUUCGGCGACAGAGUCAAGAAUUUUAUCACCAUUAAUGAGCCGUACCAGAUCUGUGUUGCUGGUUAUGGAACUGAUUGGCUUGCUCCACAGUUAGCCGGGAAGGGAAUCGCUGAAUACAUGUGCGCAAAGAAUGUGUUACUAGCCCACGCGAAGGCCUACCACAUCUAUGAGGAGUUCAGAUCUACCCAGAAGGGGAACAUCUCCAUAUCGCUGAGUGCCCAGUGGUACGAGCCAGCGACUGACAGUGCAGCGGAUGUGGAAGCAGCCCACGAAGCGAAUCAGUUCAAUUGGGCACAAUACUCCUGGCCAAUUUUCUCUGACACCGGAGACUUUCCACCAGAGAUGCGUAAGAGGAUCGCAGCAAAGAGCGAGGAGCAAGGGUUCCCCCGGUCCAGGCUGCCGGAGUUCACCCCCGAGGAGGUAGAGCUGCUCAAGGGGAGCUCCGACUACUUCGCCUUGAACCACUACUCUACGCACCUUAUACAUAGGAUCGCAUCGAAGAGCGAGGAGCAAGGGUUCCCCCGGUCCAGGCUGCCGGAGUUCACCCCCAAAGAGGUAGAGCUGCUCAAGGGGAGCUCGGACUACUUCGCCUUGAACCACUACUCUACGCACCUUAUACAUAGGAUCGCAUCGAAGAGUGCAGAGCAAGGGUUCCCCCGGUCCAGGCUGCCGGAGUUCACCCCCAAAGAGGUAGAGCUGCUCAAGGGGAGCUCGGACUACUUCGCCUUGAACCACUACUCUACGCACCUUAUACAUAGGAUCGCAGCGAAGAGCGAGGAGCAAGGGUUCCCCCGGUCCAGGCUGCCGGAGUUCACCCCCGAGGAGGUAGAGCUGCUCAAGGGGAGCUCCGACUACUUCGCCUUGAACCACUACUCUACGCACCUUAUACAUAGGAAUGCAAGUGUACCAGUGCAGGAUGUACCUUCAUAUUCGGACGAUCUUGGCGUUGGUAGCUAUCAGCUGUCAGAGUGGCAGCUUGGAGAAUCCAGACAUAGUAUGUACGUGCCAUGGGGCUUCAGGAAGCUCCUGAACCGCAUCAAGAACGACUAUGGGAACCCACCGGUGGUCAUCUCGGAGAAUGGUGCCGGCUCGCAUGGCGGUAUCGUUGACGAUGACAGGGUACAGUACUACAGGGGGUACUUGGACGCUGUGCUGGACGCGUUGGACGACGGCUGUGACGUCAUAGCUUAUACUGCUUGGAGCCUUAUGGAUAACUUUGAGUGGACCUCUGGAUAUACGGAACGCUAUGGUCUAUACGAGGUUGAUUACGACAGCAUCUACCGCACACGCUCGCCGCGCAAGAGUGCGUACGUGUACAAGGAGCUGCUGCGCACGCGCACGCUCGACCAUCACUACGAGCCCGACCUGUCCGUGCCCAUCACCAUCGACGCAGGCCAUUGAUGAUGAUGAUGACGACUGAUUUAUAAAAUAAAGAGAAU